AUGAGCGCUAUUGCAGUCGGUGUUUGCGGGUCCGCUGCUCUGGCGGUCGCGUUGGUUGGCGCCAUCUACGCGGCCAACGCCUCCUUCACCAGAGUCCCCAAGAUCAUCAGAGAUACGACGACUUCCGCUUGGUUGAGGACAUGCGCUAUCCUGACGACGAUAUGGAUCGCCAUAUGGCUGACCACGGCUAUCAUAAAUUCCAUCUUCAUCAUUACUCGCCGGCUGCCCGUUUUCCUGUAUAGACUUUCACAACACCUGACUAUGCUUAAUGGUCUGACGGGCGCAUCGGCUGUAUGCUUGCUCCUCAUCAUUCAGACCGUCAUCCUGUCUAUCAGCACUUGGAACGCUGGGUCUUCGAUCCGUGGCUUUGUUCACGGGGUGUAUCGCUUCAUAAUCUUGGGUCUUCUUCUGCUCUUGCCUCUUUUAGUAGCCAGCGUUGCCUUAUCCGAGUAUCACUACUUCAACAGCGGCGACAUGGGCCACCUCCGAUCCAUCAUUGCCCUUGUUAUCGUUGAUGGCCUCAUCGCUAUCAUCAAACUUGUUGCAGUUGGCUUGAACUUGAUCAUUCUCCGAUCCAAAGCUCGUUCUUCCCCAGUCCCAUACCAUAAGCCGCUACUCAUCAUCAAUCUCUUAUCAUUCGGGCGAGAUGCCUUUCAGGUUAUCUUCUCAUCCCUCAUCAGGCUGGGACUCACCCGCCAAAACGGUAGAUACCUACCAGUCAAUGCCAUCGUCGUGCUGUCCGUCUUGAGCGUCAUUAUCGUCGCUUGGGCAACUGUGGCCUGUCUCAUUAUGGUGGUCAAUAUUAUCGCAGAUUAUGCCACCGCCCCAGCCGAGCCAGCUGUACAACCAGAUGAGGCAAGCCCUCUUCUAGACGAGACAAGCCCUCUCCUAGGGGGCGAUGAGAAUCGGGCUGCCACGGCUGCGUAG